UGUAUGAAUCACAAACGUUCUUCAGCUAAAUUCUAAUGGCUCAUUUGGUGCGCAUACUAAAUUGUCCACCUUCAGAGACUUUUCUUUUUCUUAGAAAAGUAGGACAUUCCACAACAACUUUUUGUCCAAUUUCAAUAAUUGUUUUGCCCAAUUCAACUGCAUUUAUUUGUCCAAAGACUUUAGCAUAGUUGAAUGUAUCUGCUUUGAAAUGUCAAAACUACAAGUCACUAUUCUGCAUACAACUAUUUCAUCACCUCUGUCUCUUCAGUCCUCUCUUCUUCAUAUUCAAAAAAAAAGAAAAAACCCCAUCAUCACCAUGACCAGUCACACACUGUUCGCCCUCCUGCUGUCGCUCGCCGCCGUAGUGACACUUGUCUCCGUCGUCAGCGCCGCCGGGGCAGUAAGCACUUCUGAUUUCCAAAAAAUCACGAGAGAAGAGAGAAAUUACAGGCAAAAGAAAGUAAUUGACAUUUCCCAUAAAUAUGUUCCUGAUUUGCCAGCUUUCGGUUCAAAAAAUGGGUUAGGCAACUUCAUAAGACUUCAGACAAGUAUCAAAUUGGGUGAUCUCUCAAAUGAUUCAGUCUUCAACCUUUCUACUCAUUCUGGUACACACGUUGAUGCUCCUGGACAUUUCAAUGACACUCUUUUCGAGCUCGGUUACGAUGUCGUUUCGCUUGAUCUCCGAACCUUAAAUGGUCCUGUUCUUGUAGUGGAAACUCCACGGGACAAGAAUAUUACAG